AUGGAGACAAUAAGAAUUAGGCUGGGUAUGGACGGAUGUCUGGCAGUUGAUGCUAACGAUAGGUCGGGAGGUCUGGCAAUGGUAUGGAGGAAAACAGCUGAUGUUACGGUGACUUCUUAUUCUAGAUAUCAUAUUGAUACAGAGAUCAUGCUGAGAGGAUCCAAAUGGAGGUUUAUUGGAUUUUAUGGACACCCUAAAGCCAAUGAAAGACAUCAGAGUUGGAGUUUACUUCGACAGCUUGAAUCUAGAUCGCAAUUAUCGUGGCUAUGCAUUGGGGACUUCAAUGAAAUACUCUUUGCUAAUAAAAGGAAGGCGGAGUUAACAGGAGGGAAAUACAAACGCAGGCGUUUCGAGAGACAUGUUCUGAUUGUGCUUUACGGGAUAUGGGUUUUAUUGGACCAAAGUAUACUUGGUGGAAUAAUAGAGAACCUGAAGUCUUCAUUCAUUGUCGACUGGAUAGGGCUCUAUGUACGGAAAGGUGGCAAGAGAUUUUUCCAAGAGCUUCAGUUUUUAAUGAAUUUAUUGGAAGUUCUGAUCAUUUGGCGCAAAGAUUGGAUUUAUUCCACAUUCGAAAGGUACGUUGGUGUUGAAGGUUUCAUUUUGAGGAGGCAUGGCUAUUGGAUGAAGAGUUUGCAAGUGAAGAUUUGGAAGAAAAAAGAAGAGAUUCAGGAGAUGCAUUUGACAGGAAUUAAUCUGCAGAACUUGAAACAGUCUCAAGCAGAACUUAAUGACUUGAAUCGGGAAGAAGAAGUUAUGUGGAGACAACGUUCCCGGAUUGAAUGGUUACGAGAUGGUGACAAGAACACAAAAUUCUUCCAUCAGAGAGCAAAAGAAAGAAGAAGGAAAAAUACAGUAUGGGCUUUAAAGAAAAAAGAUGACGCAUGGAGAGAGUCGCAGGAAGAACUUCUUCAAGAAGCAAGCAAUUUUUUCUCUCACCUGUUUACCAGCUCGAACCCAACAAUGGAAGAUGCAGAACUGUUGUCUACAAUUAAACCAAAGGUUACGUCUGAGAUGAAUGGACAGCUAAAUGAAGAGAUUACGAAAGAAGAGAGCGCGUUUGUUCAAGGAUGGCAAUUAGCAGACAAUGUCAUUGUGGCCCAAGAAAUCAUUCACAGUUUACAUAACAAGAGAUUGGGGAAGGUUGGCAAUUUUGCUCUUAAACUUGAUAUGAGUAAGGUUUAUGACAGAGUGGAGUGGAACUGUGUUAAAGGCAUUAUGCGAAAGUUGGGCUUUGAAGGAAAGUUUUUGGAUAUGAUUUGGAGAUGCAUUUCAACUGUGCCUUACUCGGUUUUAAUCAAUGGGGUACCAGGACAGAGUUUUGUUCCAUCAAGAGGUGUACGUCAAAGAGAUCCUCUUUCUCCUUUUCUCUUCGUUAUCAUGUCUGAAGCUCUUUCUUGCCUAAUAAACUUGUCGCAGGAGACAAACAUCAUCUCAGGAUUGAAGAUAUGCCGUAGAGGGUCAAAUAUCACCCACCUAUUGUUUGCUGAUGAUAGUAUGAUUUUUGGAAAGGUCAAAAGGCAGGAAAUACAAGUAUUGAAAGGAAUUUUUGAAAAAUAUGAAGCUGCUUCAGGACAGAAAAUUAACAAGGACAAAUCGAGCUUGCUUUUUAGCAGAAACACUCCAACUGAGGAAAGAGUAAUGGCAAGUCAAAUUCUUGGUAUCAAUGAAGCUCAGUGGGGAAGAAUGUACUUGGGCGGAAUGGGAUUUAGGGAUACAAAAAGCUUCAAUCUAGCCAUGCUUGCGAAACAAGGAUGGAAACUUCAGUUGCAAGUGCCCACACUUGCCUACAAAGUGCUCAAAGAAAGAUACUUCCCCACAACUGAUUUUUUGAAUGCUCCAAUUGGUUCUAACCCAAGCUACUUAUGGAGAAGCAUUCGGGAAAGCCAACAGCUGAUUAGAAAGGGUGCAAUUUGGAGGGUAGGAGAUGGACAGAGUAUUAGUGUCUUAAAUGAUGUUUGGAUUCCGUAUGAAUCUCCUAGGCUUCUAUCCUUUCCUAAUCAAUUGAUUGAUGAAGAGAUGAAGGUAUCGGAGCUGAUCGAUCAAAGGACCAUGACAUGGAAUGAUGUGAAAAUAACAGAGAUUUCUCCUCCUUAUGAAUGUGAACUGAUUUUGUCCAUUCCUUUGAGCUACAAGCGUCCCAAUGACAAGCAAGUAGCGGGGAGUUCAAGUUGUAAUAUGAUGGCCUUCUGGAAAAGAAUAUGGCAUCUGGAAUUACCAAGGAAGGUUAUUUUAUUUUUGUGGAAGACUUUAAAUGGUAUUCUCCCAACUCGCCAAGCCUUAAUUUAUAGGAGCAUCAUAUUUGAAAGCAAUUGCCCUUCUUGUGACAAUGAGUUGGAAACUGAUUUCCACUGUCUUUGUUGCUGUCCAUUAGCAAGAGCAGUUUGGCAUUUUUCUAAGUGGGGUUUUACUAACAUAGAGGUGUUGUUCUCUUCUGUACAAGAUUGGAUAUUUUAUAUUUUCCAAAUGUUGGAGAAUGAAGAGAUUUCAAAAAUCGGAUGUAUCUUAUGGGCUUUAUGGAAAGUUCGAAAUUUGAAGAUUUUUCAAGGAAAGAGCUAUGAGCCGUUGCAAGUUAUUGAGUUAGCUGGCAAUUUAUUAGAGCAAUACAGGCUUGUUAAGGGAGUAAGGUCAAGAAGGAGGAUCUUGCAGAUUAAUCGAACAUGUGAAUGGAGAGCUCUGGUUGAGAGCAAACUGAAUGUGGAUGCCUCUAUUUUUGAGCUUUCAAGUGUAAGGCGGAUGGGAGCUGGAUUUAUUGUUAGGAAUGCAAUAGGAGAAGUUGAAUUGGCUGGAGUAAGAAGAAUGGUUAUGGGUCAAUCGGUGGAGGAAGCUGAAUUGUCUGCUUUAGCUUGGUCUUUUCGCUGCUGCCAAAUGGAGAAUAUCAUGGUUAAGGAAAUUGAAAUGGAUUGUAAGGUGGUGGUUGAAUGGAUAAAAGGAAGACAUUUGUCUGGUAUUCUGGGUCAUAUUGUAGAAGACUGCCUCAAUAUGAUGGAGAGUAUUAAUUGUGUUGAUAUCCUCCAUUGCUCAAGAGAAGGUAAUGAAGUAGCGCACAUGAUAGCUAAAAAGGCAAAAGAAAUGAGAGAGGAAGCGAUUGCCUGGUUCAAUAUUUCUCAAAUGUCGGAGGAUUUUCAACAAGCUAUCAUUAAAGAGGCUGGAAGCUUGGUCGGAGGAGAUUAG